GUAUUUGAGGGCGGAGAGAUUUUGUAGCUGAUGCCUGUGAAAUGAAAUCAGCUUGUUGCCGUUUGUCUCACAGAAUCAAAGUUGCGGUGGAGUGAUACGGACUAAAUCCUCUUGGGUUUACAGUGAACAGAGACCAUUUACUUUUGUCUAUACACCGGUAAUAUCAUCGAAGGACAUAUCUUGUGCAGGUCUUAGCAGAUUUCUGCCGAAUGGAUGAUGAGGAGGAUGAUGUGUUUGUGCCAGACUCCUCCCACUGCUGGCGCACAGCCUUCAGGGAAAUAAAGUACGAGGACAGAGGCACCCAGACACCCAGCCCUGCCCUGGCACUGCCCAACGACAUGCUGCCCUGUGGGGUGGCCCAGGAGCCCAGACCACUCUUCUACGGCAACGCAGGCUUUCGAUUGCACUUUCCAGCGCGGUUUGAGCAGGUUGGAGACCAGGGGCCUCAGGAGCAGCAUCAGGUGGAGAGAGGGAGGAUGGAACGGCUUCAACAGCAGCCUCAGCAGCCAGCACAAAGCAUGGAGGUCUGCAUUGGACAGAAACUCCAACUCAUCGGAGACCAGUUCUACCAAGAACACCUUCAACUGUAUCACCGAAACCAAAGGAACAUGAGGCCCUUGUGGUGGCGCCUGGCCUCAGCUCUACUCACCCUGCUGUUUGAGCAGGAGGCCAUCGCUGGAAGGGGGAGAGCAGGGUGGAGGUGAUGGAGAAGACCAGCCCAGACCACCCCUCUCCCACAGGGACUGGACUCCUAAUGGCACUGUCAAAUGUAACAUGGGUCAGUUUGGGGAAAGAAGAGAGAAAAGGUCACCGCAGGACGGAGACAACCAUUUUUUUUACAAGGUUCAUUUUUUUCCAAGAAGAUGCCAUGUUGUUUCACGAGAUUCCUCUACUGGACGAUGUCCUUAUUUUGGUAAUUGUGUGAUGUAGUAUUUUGUACAGUCAUUAUUCCUGUUGAAUUUGUUUGCACUUGUGUAUGUGUACAUCUUGAAUGGCCUCCAUGGACCUGGGAAUGCCUUAUCAAUGUCUCCUGCCACAACCCAAUGACUGUUGACAUGAACCAAGCAGAAGAAAGCAAGAUAUGGAGGGAUCUGAAGAAGGGAAAGAAGAGUGGUUCGUGGGGUUUUCUUUUCUGAAGUUUCCCAGGAAAUAAUCGGUCAAACUUGACAACUUACACAUUUCCAAAGGCACAGUUUCUCAGAACAAAGCAUUUUGCACCUCAACUCGUCCUUCUCCUCAAUGGGGUUGUGUAUACUGUCAUAAUACUGUUAUAUUACAUGUUGAUUUUUCUUUGCUCUUCCAGUCACUUUCAUUGCAUUGAUUUCAAUAAUUGUUGUUUUUCCCUGUGUCACCAAAAGUAAUAAGAACAAAAUUGUGGAGCCCUCGGUGGCUUCUAAGGUGGCUAGUGCCACUUUGUGGUGUGAAGGUUGAUUUAGAUUUAUUAUGAUUCCCAUUAGCCGACGCCAAUGGUGACAACUAGUUUUACUGGGGUCCGACAUAUAACGAAAAAGACAUUACAGACAAAAGACUUUUACAAUUUAGAUACAACUUCCGAGACAAAGGGGAUCCCACGAGUUACUUCAAGUUACUAAGAGAGAACACCGUAUUUUCAAUCAUAGUCUAUUUCCGAUUGAUCUUUUACUAAUUCCAUAAGUCCCAAAACUGGACCCCAGCCACUGUAAGAAACAGUGUGCUGGUCAUUUUAGUCUCUUAAGACUUUCAGGCCCUUCAAGUGGAGCUAUGGAUCCACAUUGUUUGCACUAUAGUACAUUAGUCAGGAGUAGAUUAGGUAACAAAACCAACCUCUGUUAUUCAAUGAAGGUGUUUAACUGUAUCUGAUUUGUCAUGGUAAGAUUACAAUGUUUUCAGUCACAUUUCCAUUCAUUUUCAUUCACAUAUCAUCACAGGAACUGACCUAUGGACCAACAGUCUGAGGUACGAGUGAUGCUGGUUAACUGAAGGCCUCAUUGAAAUUCCAGUGUUUUUUUAGCCCUCUAACUGAUGUGCUUUUUAACCCACUGUCAGAUAUUCAAUUGUAUUCUGGACACCAAUGCAAUAAUGUGCAAACAAACCAGUGAAACAACAGCCUUUCCUCUCCUCUCCUCUCAGGAUUCUUACAUGGGCUUGUAUACUUCUUUUUGUACCUGUGGGGUGAUCUUGUAUUAGUUCUUUGUCCUCGGAUCCUGUGGUGUAACUGUUUGAUAGAAAUGACCACUGCUAAUCCAAUUGACAAGAGAAAGUGUCUGAGAUUAGAAGUAGCUGGUAGUGUGGAAGACUGUAAUUGCUGUUGAAAUUUGAAUCUGUUUGAUGUAUUCUUGAAGAUGCUGUUUGUUGUACAUUUUAUUGCCUUUUUACUUUACUUUCGUCCAUUUUGAAGGAGCAGUAUACAUAUUUUAGACAACUCUUAUUACCCGGUUAUGUUUGGUCCUACAGUACUUAUGUGUCAUCAUCUGUCUGUAUAAUCAGAGCUUUUUUUUCAACCCUUCAUUUAGAAUACUGGAGAUAUGUCUCAGGGCCAGGGAAAAUACAAUACUUUUAGUAAGAGUUUCCCAUGUAGAGUAGAAGGACGAAGGAAAUGAGUGGUUAAGUCCAAUUUUGUUGUCUGCAUCAGUUGAAAUACAUUUGAAACAUAACCAUAGAUACAAAGGUACACUUUAGACAGAGUGGUCAGAUGAUUACGCUUGCUAUGACUCUGUUAUGGCAGGGACUACGUUAGAAGCAUGUGGGGCAGUGAGAGAUCAGCUGAACGUUGGUGUUGUUUGUUGUUGUUUCCUGCAGAUCCUGAACACUGAGCCAGUCACCGUAGCUUCCUGUCUCACUGUAGUACAUUGACCAGUUUCUAAACUUGCUUAUCUCAGUCUACUGUAGCCCACGUCUCUGUGUACU